CCCACACACACACACACGAACACACUCUCUCUCUCAUACACACACUCAGCUUUUCACCUGGAGAGAGCAGGCGCAUGGGACGGCAUGUGCAGCAGCAGCAGCAGCAGCAGUCUCUUCUCACAUCUUGUGCUGCCUCUCUGAGUUGCCUCUUUCUGGAGAGUGGAGAGGAACUCUGAAAAGAGCUUUUGGAGCCAUUGUCCCUUGGCGAAAUCAGGCGAGACGGGGGCAGUGAGGGAGCACUUGUCAACCCAGGGACACCAAAGGCAACAAACAUCAUGAUUUUGGGAGGCAUAAACCGGGUCGGCCCGGCAAUGCCGACGUUCCUGAGGACCCCCACAAUGAUGCAGCCUCACCUGGACAUGAAGCCCUUCCUGCCGUUCCCCAUGGAGACCCCCCAUCAUCCGCACAGCAUGAACCUCUUCCACAACUUCAACGCGAUGGAUCCGGUGCAGAAGGCUGUGAUCAACCACACCUUUGGAGUUCCACUGAUCAAGACCAAGCGGCCAGUCAUCUCCUGUAACGUCUGCCAGAUCCGCUUCAACUCAGAGAGCCAGGCAGAAGCCCAUUACAAAGGAAACCGGCAUGCCAGGAGAGUCAAAGGCAUCGAGACCUCUAAAAGUCGCCCUCAGGACGGGGACAAGCCUGUGUCCACCAACUCCUCCCCUUCUCCACCCAGCGCCCUUGGCCCUGCCCCAGACAGCGAGCACAGCAUAGCAGAUGAAACACCUCUGUCACAAUUAAACGUGUUGGCCCCAGGGCUGCUUCCUUCUCUUACCACCCCGCCUACCUCACCCAUGGACUCCUCCAUGCCCUCAGUGUGCCCCCUCAUCCUCCCUUCCUCAUCAUCCCCAGGCUGCAGCAAUGGCAGCGCCAGCUCAGAGCAGCCCGGAUCUGGACCUCCUGUUACUACGUCCUCCAGCCCGUCCAAUCCAGACACGGAGGAGGACAAGGCCAAGAAGCUGCUGUACUGCUCCCUGUGCAAGGUGGCUGUCAAUUCCUUGUCACAGCUGGAGGCCCACAACAAAGGUACCAAACACAAAACUAUCCUGGAGGCACGGAGCGGGCUGGGCCCUAUCAAGGCGUAUCCUCGCCUGGGCCCCAAGCCCAUUGGAGAGCAGGGAGAGGGGCCGGUGGACCCCAACACUCAGGAACGAACCUUCCACUGUGAGAUCUGCAACGUGCGGGUCAACUCUGAACUGCAACUCAAACAGCACAUAUCAAGUCGAAGGCACCGGGACGGCAUGGCGGGCAAGCCUAACCCCCUCCUCAGCCGACACAAGAAGCACAGGGGAGCUGAUCUGACGUCUUCUUUGAACUUCUCCAAGGAUCUCUCCAAAGCUUUGGGUGCAGGGCUCUUGCCCAACCCCUUGGCUGUUGCUGCAGCAAUGGCCGCUGCAGCUUCCUCAAACCAACUGGCUCUCCGUGCAGCAGCUCCACACCACCCGCACCUGCCGCACCACCCGCACCACCCGCACCUGCCGCACCACCCGCACCUGCCGCACCUGCCGCACCACCCGCACCUGCCGCACCACCCGCACCUCCCGCACCACCCGCACCUCCCGCACCACCCGCACCAUCCGCCUCAUCCGCACCAUCCGCACCAUCACCUAUUGCAAGGCCCGCCUCUCAGUCACGCCAUCCUGAGACCCGCCCCCGGGCCCAUUCGCACCACCCACCACGGGCCAAUACUUUUCUCCCCUUACUGACACAUCACCCUCUGACUUCGGCCAGUCAGGAACAGCCACUCCAAAAGCACACUGUGAAGAUACAAACAUGAUCAACAAACAGCAAUUGAUAGGGGGG